UGAGGGAGGCUUUGGUGGUUCCGGGUUCCGUGCUGAGACCAGCUGCUAGGAGCUGUGAGGAGAGAGGGCGAGCUGGGGAUCCGCGCCAUGAUACAGUUUUGGCUCCAGACAUUUGUCACAUUUCUAGGUAUUCCUGUAUUUAUUCAAAGGGACAUGUAAGUGUUAUGAGGGUUGCCUUCAUCCCACUAUGUGGCUACACAGGCCUUGCUCCCUUUCAGAGUCAACAUCCUCAACUCUUGGAUUAAAGGAUGCGGUGACCUAUGAAGAUGUGCAUGUGAACUUCUCUCAUGAAGAGUGGGCUUUGCUGGAUUCUUCCCAGAAGAGUCUCUACAGAGAUGUGAUGCUGGAAACCUACUGGAACCUCACUGCUAUCGGUUACAAAUUGGAAGACCCCAAUGUUGAAGAAUACUAUCAAAGUUAUAGAAGACAUAGAAGGUAUAACAUCUGUCAUUGUGGAUACAAGCCUUGUGAGCAUAAGGGAUAUGGAAAGAACCAAUAUAUCUUUGCCUGUAACAAUUUUCUUCAAAUAUAUGAUAGAAUCCAAACUGAAGAGAAACCGUAUGGAUGUAGUCAAUGCAGUAAAGCCUUUGCAAAUUUCCGUAGUCUUCGAAAACAUGAGAAAAAUCAUACUAGAGAAAAACCCUAUGAGUGUAGUCAGUGCAGUAAAGCCUUUGUAAGUCGCAGUUCUCUUCAAAUACACGAAAGAACGCAUACAAGAGAGAAACUCUAUGACUGUAAUGAAUGUGGAAAAGCCUUUUCAACUCGCAGUCAUCUUCAAAUACAUAAAAGAACUCAUACAGGAGAGAAACCCUAUGAUUGCAGUGAAUGUGGAAAAGCAUUUGCACGUAGCAGCGCUCUUCUAAUACAUAAAAGAAGUCAUACAGGAGAGAAACCCUAUGGUUGCAAUGAAUGUGGGAAAGCAUUUGCAUGUCGCAGUCAUCUUCAAAUACACAAAAGAACUCACACUGGAGAGAAACCUUAUGAUUGUGAUGAAUGUGGGAAAGCCUUUGCAACUCGCAGGCAUCUUCAAAUACAUGAAAGAACUCACACUGGAGAGAAACCAUAUGAAUGUAAUCAAUGCGGUAAAGCCUUUAUAGGUCGCAGUCAUCUUCAAAUACAUAAAAGAGUGCAUACUGGAGAGAAACCUUAUGAGUGUAAUCAAUGUGGUAAAGCUUUUGCAUAUAACAGUGAUCUUCAUCGACAUGAAAUAAUUCAUACUGGAGAGAAACCCUAUGGAUGUAAUCAAUGUGGUAAAGCCUUUGCAAAUCGUAGUAGUCUUCGAAAUCAUGAGGAACAUCAUACUCUUGAGAAACCAUAUGAAUGUACUCUAUGUGGUAAAGCCUUUGCAUAUUGCAGUAAUCUUUAUAUACAUGAAAGAUGUCAUACUGGAGAGAAACCGUAUGUAUGUACUCAGUGUGGUAAAGCCUUUGCACGUCGCAGUCACCUUCAUAUACAUGAAAGAUGUCAUACUGGAGAGAAACCGUAUGUAUGUACUCAGUGUGGUAAAGCCUUUGCACGUCGCAGUCACCUUCAUGUACAUGAAAGAAUUCAUGCUGGAGAGAAACCUUAUGAGUGUAAUCAAUGUGGAAAAGCUUUUCUACUUCGCAGUAGUCUUCUAAUACAUGAAAGAACUCAUACUGGAGAGAAACCUUAUGUAUGUAAUCAAUGUGGUAAAGCCUUUGCACGUCAGAGUCAUCUUCAAAUACAUGAAAGAAGUCACACUGGAGAGAAACCUUAUGAGUGUAAUCAAUGCAGUAAGGCCUUUGUAUGUCGCAGUAAUCUCCAAAUGCAUGAAAGAACUCACACUGGAGAGAGACCUUAUGAAUGUAAUCAGUGUGGAAAAGCCUUUUCACGUCGCAGUCUUCUUCAGAAACAUGAAAGAAGUCAUAGUGGAGAGAAACCUUAUGCGUGUAAUCAAUGUGGUAAAGCCUUUGCAAGUCGUAGUAGUCUUCGAAAUCAUGAAAAACAUCAUAAUAUUGAGAAACCUAAUGAAUGUAAUCAGUGUGCUAAAGCGUUUACGUCUUUUCCACCAUCUUCAAAUAUAUGAAAGAAACCACACUGAAAGAACCUCUGAGUGUAUUCAAUGUGGAAAAUCCUUUACAAGUCACAGUUAAUCAGUGUGGUAAAGACUGCAUAUUGGAGUAGUCUUCAUUAUCACAGAACAUGUCAUACUAGAGAAACCCUAUGAAUGGAAUUGAAACAGUAAAGCUUUGGCACAUCAGUGUAAUCUUCAGAUGCAUCAAAAAACUUAUACUGGAGAGAAACCUUAAAAUGUAAUCAAUGGGACAAUACCUCUGCAUCUUAUAGUCGUCUUCAAAGGAAUGAAAGAAUUCUUACAGGAGAGAAACACCAUGAAAUCUAAUACAUGUAGUAAGGGCUUGCACAACAAGCAUAUUAUUCCUCCUGAGUCAUCUCACUGGUGCUUAUGUAAGAUUAGUAGAACCAUUUCAUCCUUAAAAUACUGUCUUCUAUUUAGAUUGUAUACAAAGUGUUACCGAAGUAUAGAAGAACACAGAAAAACUUGAAUAAUAAAACAUACUUUCAAAUGAAAAUGAUAUUUAUACUGCCAUCCAUUUUUGUGGGUUAUCUUAUCUUAUUCUGAGGAACAAAUACUUGUUCUUAGCACUUUCUCAGAACCACAAAUUCGUCCAGAGAAUGUCCUCAGUGAGUGAAGGUAGCCGCAGUUAGGGCUGAUGAGCUCAUCUGGGAGACCCAAAGUCCUCACGUGAGUUCAUUUUCCUCUCCGUUUCCUGUGUGUACUACUGUUUCUAAUGUGUGCCACUGUAGGUGAAGCUAGUGGUCUCCAAUAUCAAGAGGCCGGGUGAUUCUGUUGUGGGAAAUUUGGUCAUUUGCAAAGGCACUGUGACCAAGCUGCUCAGAAGGUCUCAGAUCUCAAAAUAUCUGGUGCAUUAAUUGUGAGAAAUAUUGUACUUGCUUCAUAAAACAUUUGUUCAGGGUCAAAGCAUCUCUAAGGGUAAUGGCUUUUGUUAAUAUAAACCAGAAAAACAGCCUAGGCUUCUAGAUGUGUGCAGGCAAUGUGUGUGCAGGCAAUGUGGCAAGUGUUGCCAUUGGACCCCUAAGUGUAGGUCCAGCAGAGAUAUCCAAGGCAAUUUUCUUAUCAUUGAAAAAUGCAAGACCUGGUCUGAGGUCUUGCAGCCAAAAAGUACGAGGUGUGUGUUUCUUGUAAGCCAUGAAAUAAUAAUCAGGCAGAAAACCUUCAAUUAAUAUUGCAGAUCUAGUGCAUGCUACUGCAAAGUAGCAUGCAAGUACUGCUGCAUGUGCUUCUAGUGCAAGUACUGCUGUAGACUUGGCCAUAUAUAAACAUCUUACUCUACUCCCCAAAAUUUAAUGUUACAAAAUAUCUACAGGGUUUAUGGUCCUUUACCUGCUAGGACAGUAGGAAUGACUUAGGAAAGGAGUGGAUUGACUUUCCAAAGGUCCAUUGUGCAUCCAGGAAUUAUAGAUGAAGAUUUCAAAGAGGAAAUUAAAAUUAUGGCCUAUGUAAAAAAUGAGAUACAUUUUAAUGCAGGUGAUAGGAUUGCUUGGCUGCUACUGUUUCCCUAUAUCAAAGCCAGACCUGCACUAGUAGAAAGAACAGAAGGGGUUGAAAGUACUGGAAAACAUGUAUUCUGGCAAACAGUUGUUUAUGAUGAGAGGUCAAAAUUAAAAUAGCAGGUAAAUGGUAUUGAAAUAGAAGGUUUGGUGGGUAGAGAGGAGCAGAUAUAACUAUUAUUUCACAAUGGUCUUGGAAUUCAUAGUGACCCACUUUAAAAAAGUUUAUAUACAGUUUCUGGGAAUUGGGAAGUUAUUAAAAAUGAAGUGUGAGAUGGCUUAAUGUGUGGGACCAGAAGGUUAAAUAGGAAAGUUACGACCUUAUGUGGCUGAUAUACCCAUACAUUUAUGGUGAAUGGAUCUUUUACAACAUUUGGGUACUUAGUAUAAUAUUCCUGCAUUUUCAGAGAGCACCCCUGAUGAAAUUAGGGGUGAAAUGGUAGAUGUUCUUGGGGAAGGCAUUGACACACACACACACACACACACACACACACACACACACACACACAUAUAUAUAUAUAUAUAUAUCUAUCUCAGUCAUGAAAACCAACCCCGGGCCGUGUCAGUUGUCCAAACACAUCAUCACAGGGAUGGAGUUUCCAAAUUUGUAAACAAAGCCACUGCUGAAAUUAUAUCAAUGGCCCUACCCUUAAAGUGGUUGGCUGACAAGGCUGUGUGAGUAGAUCAGUGACCCUUAACUAAAGAGUACGUUACAGGCAGUAGAGUAGCUGGUACAAGAGCAGCUGGAGAUGUGCUUGCUUUGGCAGUACAUAUACUAAAGAGCAGCUGCAGGCUCAACAGAGUCUACCAGCCCAUGGAGUCCUCUGUGUUUGUUAUAAAAGAGAAAUCAGGAAAAUGGAGGAUGUUAACAUAUUUAAGAGCAGUGAAUAGACUAAUUCAACCAAUGGAUUCGUUACAGCCUAGAAUUCCUUUACCUUCUUUAUUACCUAAGCCAUGGCCUAUGAUACUAAUUAAUUUAAAAGAGUGCAAGAGCAAGAUAGGGAAAGGUUUGCUUUAAUAGGGCCUACUUACAAUAAUAGUGGUCCAGUAAAAAGGUGUCAGUGGAAAGUUCUUCCAUGAGGAAUAUUCCAACUUCAUGUCAAUAUUUUGUGCUACAACUGUUAGAAAUAAUUUGUAAGCAAUUUUCUUAAUUCAUCAUUUAUCAUUACAUGGAUUUUUUGGGGGGCUAAUUCUGAUGCAGAUACUUUAGAUGAAAUAUUUAAGGAAGCGUAAAGAAUUCUGCCAUGCAUGGGUUUAUGGAUUGUUUCUGAAAAAUUACAGAGAGGAGAUUCUAUUGACUAUUUCUGUUAUGAAAUAACAGAAAAUUCAACCACAAAAGUUACAAAUCAGAAAGAUCAGUUGCAAACUCUUAUUGAUUUUCAAAAAUUAAUGGUAAAUAUUAUUAGGCUAUAGCCUACCAUUAGAUUAACUACUCAAGAGUUAAUCCAAUUUGUUUCAAAUUGUUAAGUAAUUUAAGAAAUUUGUUUUAAAUUACUUAAAUUUGUUUUAAAUGUACAAUAUAGUUGAUUUAAUUAUAGUAAUUAUACAAUUAUUUUGAUGUAUUGGUAUAUUUGCAUAUUAAACAUACAAUUAAUUAACUGUAUAAUUAAUAGAAUAAAUUGGACUUAAAACAGGCUGUCUUAGUCAGGGUUUCUAUUCCUGCACAAACAUCAUGACCAAGAAGCAAGUUGGGGAGGAAAGGGUUUAUUGGACUUACACUUCCAUACUGCUGUUCAUCACCAAAGGAAGUCAGGACUGGAACUCAAGCAGGUCAGGGAGCAGGAGCUGAUGCAGAGGCCAUGGAGGGAUAUUUCUUACUGGCUUGCUUCCCCGGCUUGCUCAGCCUCCUCUCUAAUAGAACCCAAUACUACCAAACUAGAGAUAGUCCCACCCACAAGGGGCCUUUCCCCCUUGAUCACUAAUUGAGAAAAAUGCCUCACAGUUGGAUCUCAUGGAGGCAUUUUCUCAACUGAAGCUCCUUUCUCUGUGAUAACUCCAGCUGUGUCAAGUUGACACAAAACUAACUAGUACAUAGGCCAAGAAGGUUCAUAGCCAAAGCAGAGAGCGUUAACUCUGGUAGAAUGGAGACUACAGGAUGUAUGCAGAUCACAAACUUGAUUGUUUUUGGUUCUUUUGUCUUCAACUCCUACUGGGCUUAUCAUGCAAAGUCCAUAACGAAGGACUCUAGGUGAGGAAGUAUGGAACAUUGUCUAAAAGAAUAUUGAAAAGGAAGAUGAACUAGGCUAAAAGAUCCACAUUCAAUUCUGGGUCACUUGGCCAUUAAUUUGGACUGUUUCCAAAUACUUAAGAACAAUAAGGAGGAUAUUAAUAUUGAGUUCUAGACUGACUCAAAGCUGGGUAAUCAAACCUGAAAACUGGUUAAAGAGCCAAAAAAUAGAAAAGUAAAAUAAAAGGAAUAUUUUCCCUGUUCAAGUAAAAUUGAAAGUAAAAACAGUACCACCAAUUCCUGUCCAGGUGACAGUCAGUCCCCUCAGCUCUUUUAUUGUAGCUUCUUUUAGCUAUUCAUACUCCAUUGCCUGAAAAUCCCCCUGAAGAUGGGGAAAAGUCAUGAUCAUCGAUCUAAUCUUAAGUUCCCACCAUUUCUUGAUGAAGACCAAGAGAGCCUGUGUCCAAGCUAACUUUACAAUGGAGGGAAGCUAGGGCACACAGGGAAGAGGAAUUUGUUUAUAAAUUCUUUCCUUGCCUCAUGUACAUCAUAUUUCAAGUAAAUUUCGGCAAAAUCAAAAUGUUUAAUUCCUAAUUACCCACUAAGCAACCUAUUUAAAACCCUGGAUAGAAUUAUCUCAAGAAGCAAGGGAAAAGCUACAGCUAUUGAAUUCAGACCAAAGGAGGCAUUUCUGUAUUAUCUGGAUCCUUAAUUCCCUUUAAACUUACUUAUUUUACCCAUUAAAAUGUCUCCUACAGGUUAUAACACAAGAAUAGAUUUAUUUAUACCAUAAUGGUCAGAAAAUAUUAACUGCUUUUCUUAGUCUUCAUGCUUAAUUAUCAGAGUGGAUGACUUGGUGCCAGCGAUUGUGUGGGUGUGGUGCCUGCUGCGGUCGGUGUGUUAUCCCUAACUAACAAUGAGGUUUUAAGAGUGUUACACAGACUAUGAAUUUUCAAAUUUUGUUUGUAGAUUACCACAGAAGGAUAGGAAUUCAUUAUCCAGCUGGCAAGAUGUGGGAUUCCCUCAUAUGAACUGAAUUUGUUAUUA